AGAAAGGGUAGCAUAUUAGCAAUAUUUCCUUCCACAAUUUUCUGAAAUUUGAAAAUACACAGCGGUCAGUUGGCCGCUUGUGGAGAGGGUUAGGGUUUUUGGGGGAAAGACCAGAAUGGAGGCUGCCGUGGUCGACGUCGGCUCCAAGCUCCUCAAAGCGGGAUCCGCCAUUCCCGAUCAAGCUCCUUCCAUGAUAAUUCCUAACCAAAUGAAACAGCUUGAUUUUGGAUCAAUGAAUGAUACUUCAUCACUUGAAGAUAUCGUUGUUGAUCCAGUUGUGCGAGGUCUUAUUACUGACUGGGAUGCCAUGGAAGACCUGUUGCAUCAUGUUCUAUAUACUGGCCUUGGAUGGGAAAUGGGCAACGAAGGGCAGAUACUAUUUACUGAUCCACUUUGUACUCCCAAGUCUGUCAGAGAGCAGUUGGUGCAACUUAUGUUUGAGACAUUUAACACUUCAGGCUUCUAUGCAUCAGAGCAAGCAGUAUUGUCACUUUAUGCUGUUGGACGUAUCUCGGGAUGCACUGUUGAUAUUGGCCAUGGAAAAAUAGAUAUUGCACCAGUCGUUGAAGGUGCUGUUCAGCACAUUGCCUCAAGAAGGUUUGAAAUUGGAGGUACUGAUUUGACAAAAUUACUUGCUCAAGAGCUUGGGAAAUCUAAUCCUUUAGUGAAUAUCAAGAUGUCUGAUAUAGAGAAAAUAAAAGAGCAAUAUUCAUGUUGUGCUGAAGAUGAACUUGCUUAUGAAAAGACCAAAAAUUCAUGCCAGAUAGAGCAACAUACCCUUCCUGAUGGACAGGUCAUUAGGAUUGGAAGAGAAAGAUAUACUGUUGGUGAGGCUUUAUUUCAACCAUCCAUAUUGGGUUUAGAGGCUCAUGGAAUUGUUGAGCAGCUUGUUCGUUGUAUUUCAACAGUAUCGUCUGAUAAUCAUCGGCAGUUGCUGGAAAAUACGGUACUGUGUGGUGGCACCAUUUCUAUGAUUGGUUUUGAAGAAAGGUUUCAGAAAGAAGCUGGUCUAUGCUCAUCAGCCGUUCGUCCUGCUUUAAUUAAGCCUCCAGAGUAUAUGCCAGAGAAUUUAUCAAUGUAUUCAGCGUGGGUGGGAGGUGCCAUACUUGCCAAAGUCGUGUUCCCACAAAACCAACAUAUAACAAAAGCAGAUUACGAUGAAACUGGACCUUCUGUUGUUCAUCGGAAAUGUUUUUGAGUAUCUCUCGUCCGUAAAAGUUCUUGGAACUCUUGUUUAGUUUGAUUAGCAUACUUGUAUUAUAGUUGUUGGUAACGCUAACACAAGAUUGUAGUCGAUUAGUGUUUGAUUUUUAGUAUUUCAACGGACGAAUCCAUUAACACAUCCAAGCGUUUUGGAAAUCAAAUUUAGAGAUCUAGUUAAGGAUAUGUUUAGUAAGGGAGCUUCUGUUUUA